AUGUCGCACCAGAUAGAAAUACAUCAGUGCACCCCUCUUAAGAGGGACUCUCUUGUGGGUCGGAUAUAUAAGGCUCGCUAUUUUCCUAACUAUUCAUUCUUGGAGGCCGAGUUGGGUGGCAAUCUGAGCUUUAUAUGGCGAAGUUUCUUUGAGUCGCAAAAGCUAAUCAAAGAUGGUUCUCGAAGAAGAAUAGGGCAUGGUUCAUCUACUGAGGUGCUAAACACACCUUGGUUGUUGUCUGAGGCUAAUCCAUGCGUGGUAUCUACUCAUCCGGCCCUGACCAACUGUAGAGUAUCUCAACUCAUGAAGCCAGAUAGUAGACAACUGGACAUGGAGAUUAUUGAUGAUUUAUUUGAUUCCCGUGAUGUUGAGCUUAUCAAACAGGUGCCUUUGAGUGUUAAUCUUGGGGAUGAUACUUGGUUUGGGAACAAGGAUCCAACUGGUUUCUUCACUGUCAAAAGCUCCUACAAGCACUUACAAUUGGCCAAUGGUAGUUGGAACUCUUCCAUGGAAGAUGAUGUUUGGAAGGUGUUGUGGAAGAUUAAAGCCCCUCCCAAGGUUUUACAUUUUUCUUGGAAAGCUCUUUCGGGUUGUUUGCCUACACGUACUCAACUUCAUAGUAGACAUGUUCUUGUGGAUUUGCAUUGUGUGUUGUGCAACUAUGGGGAAGAGUCAAUUUUCCAUGUUUUGGUUCAAUGUUCCUUUGCUCAUUCAUGUUGGAUUAGAUCUGCAUUGGGGGUUGGCCAUUCUACAACAACCAACUUUUUCGACUGGUUUAUGGAAGUGUUGGCAGUAGGCAAUAUGGGGUUGGUUGAAGAAACUGUAAUGAUUGGUUAA